UCAUUCUUCUGCGGUCCCGGAGAAAACGUGGAGGAUGAAGAAGAGACUCUGAGAGAGAGAGGGGGAAGGAAAAAAUCAAGUCAGGAUCGAGUCCGACAAGCUCAACCUCAACUCUGCACAAACCUCAGAGAAAAGAGACGCACAAGAAGAUCCGGCACAAAAAAACCUCGGUGGAUUUCAGAGGCGUCGCUUCUAAAAACGCACAGACAGCAGUUACACGUUGUGAAGAGCGAGGAAGGAAGGACUCUUACUCCGUCUGGAUUUAACUGAAGAUAAUUUGUCUCUGCGUUUCGCCACGAGAUUCCACACGAGAGGUGUGUCUGAUGUGACGCCAGCGGGCUGGCUCAGGGAACACAACUUCAAUACAAUGUAGAAACCCGACAGCAGACAGAAUCAGAGUCAGAGCACCGAGCCGACAGAAGGAGGGAGAGCUCAAGGAGGAGGAAGAACAGCUGUGCUGAAGAUAAGACGGAGAGAGAGAAGAGGGACGCGGCAGACUGUGAAUCAUUGACGUGAACCUCGUGUGAACAGCAGUGUCAUCACCUUCUCCUUUUUUCCUGUGAAGUCUUCAGUCGCUCGCACACCUCCGCCGGAUCACCUGUUCGCCUCUCAGCCAGUCUGCACAGAGCGAGACUCCAGCCACCGUCAGCAUGUGCCAUGUGAUUGUCACCUGCCGCUCCAUGCUGUGGACUCUGCUGAGCAUCGUGGCGGCGUUCGGAGAGCUCAUCGCCUUCAUGAGCACUGACUGGCUGGUGGGAUUCCCCCGCACGCCAGACGCCGUCUUCGGCCCCCAUGGGGCCACCGCGGCCGGAGAGGCCUACAGGCCCACUUUAGGCAUCUACGGCCGCUGUAUAAAACUGCCCCACCUGCAGCGUGGGGUACUGUGCGGACCGUACGCGAUACACUUUGGAGAGAUUGCCAGCGGGUUCUGGCAGGCUACUUCUAUCUUCCUGGCGGCAGGGAUCCUGCUGCUGUGUGCCGUGGCGUUCAUCUCGGUCUUCACCAUGUGCUUCCAAAGCAUCAUGAAGAAGAGCAUCUUCAAUGUGUGUGGACUGCUGCAAGGGAUCGCAGGUCUGUUUCUGAUCCUGGGUCUGAUGCUGUAUCCCGCUGGCUGGGGUUCAGACAAGGUCCAGCUGUACUGCGGCCCCGACGCGGCUCCGUACCGGGCCGGGCUCUGCUCCAUGGGCUGGGCCUUCUACACGGCCAUGGGCGGCACCGUUCUCACCUUCAUCUGCGCCGUCUUCUCCGCGCAGGCCGAGAUCGCCACCUCCAGCGACAAGGUCCAGGAGGAGAUCGAGGAGGGCAAGAGCCUGAUCUGCCUCCUCUGAGGGGCUCAGAUACUUUAGCCCCUGUGGAGGGAAAAAAGGAGGAGGAGAUCGAGAGACACCCGCUCUUCUGCCUUUUCCUCACGAAGGCCGGCUUGUGAAACGGAGGCCCUGCAUUGUUUACCACUAAAACUGACUCUUAUUUUGUAUGUUUUGUGUUUACGUGGGAGAAAUCUACGAGUGCCAAGUGUUUUUUUCUCAGUGCGUGUCUUUUGUCUUUCUGCCACUAGAGGUGCUGUGUCCCGUUAUUGUAUUCAUGUGUAGCCGUGUGGCUCUGUCUGCCACCACAUGCUCUGUAAAUAAGUGUGAUUAUAUAUAUUUUGUACAUAGUUAUGAUCGCAGAAUGAUGGUCAGCUUGAUCCAGGCUCGGCUGAUGAUGUCACUUUUGCCUUAAAACAAAACAAAAAACAAAAAAAACAACAAAAAAAAGAAACACUGGCGUUUUUGUCGCCAGACCACGACCAGUAAAACCUGGAUCUGUUUGCCACGUUUGAGUAUUAACUCAACAAGGGAACCACUACACAGUCAGAAUAAACUACUCACAGAAUAAAUGGCUUUGAGCUCAGAGUGGAUGUCCUGUAAAGCUCACAGAAUGUACUGUCACACGAAUGAUCGAUGUGUCCGCAGACCCUUUGAAAUGUACCGAUGAAACACAGACUGCAAGAGGACGAGCGGACGUUGCGUCUUUGUUUGUCCUUUUAUUUUGCAAAAGGAAGUUGAAAUGAAGUGAGCUGAAUCCUAGCCUAAGCUGGAGGAGGAGGAGGAGGAGGAGGAGGCGGCUCUGCCUGGUCUUCCUUCAGCAGACAUCCUGGAAUCUGUGCACAAAGACGAGGACUGAGAGAUGAGGACGCAUGAUAAAAUGAAGUAUUGCUGUUGCUAGUGAUGUCUGGUUUCAGGGAGUGUGCUGAGUCGUAGGUAGUGUCCUAUCUGUUCUCAUUUGUUUCUGCCAAACGAAUAAAGAGAAGGGAAAAAGAAAAAA